AUGUGUUGGCCGAGGGCCUGGGCCCAGCUCCUCCUGCCAGUAUUCCUCUCUCUAGCUCUCAUCCAGCUAUUUAUCAGCUUCUCCGACCAUAAAUUUACUAAAACCCAUCGCAACUGGAACCGUCGGUCAGAACAGAUCGAAAGGGAAUGUGCUGAAAAGCAAACCUGCCCAUUGUGUACCAAAGACAGGAGAUGUAUUUGGUGCCGAGAAGAAAGGCUUUGCAAAAAGUACUGUUUCCCAUAUUCUGACUGUAAAUUCAAUUCUAUGUUUUGGGCAAACUGUAGAGUUGACCUGUUUGGAAUCAUGAUGCUGAUACUGGUUGCAUUGUUAGCAAUAGGAUUCUUGUGGUAUUGCCUCGCCUAUUACUUAUACAUGGAGGAGCAUGCCUUUUAUUUGGCAAGAAAUGUGCGUGUUCCUGGUUACAACUGGAAUGCUAGUAAGUGCUUUCAUCUAUUUGAUAGGCUAUAUCCCAGACUUUUUCAGGGACUGACAGCCAGAAGUCAUGCUUUUACUGUAGACCACAGAUUUCAGAAUUUUGUGAAGAGAUAA